AUGAGCACAGAGCAACAAACAAACUUGAAGUUUCUGGUCCAGUUGGGGAAACCUCUGUCAGAAGCACUGGGAUUGCUGCAGCAAGUGUGCGGAAAUGAGACAAUGUCAUGCUCACAUGUUUUUGAAUGGUGCAAGAGGUUUAAAGAGGGACGUGAGGACGUGGAAGACGACCCCAGGAGUGGAAGGCCUUCAACGACCAGGACUGAGGCUAACGUUGAGCGCGUCAAGCAGAUGGUGCGUAGCGAUUGUCAGCUGACUGUUCAACUGAUAGCAAAUGAGCUGGGCAUGAAUAGACACAGCAUCUGGAAGAUUAUCACUGAAGAUGUGAUCAUGCAGAAAGUCUGCGCAAAGAUGGUGCCGAAACUGCUGAAAGAUGACCAGAAGGAUCGCCACAUGCAAGUGUGUCAGGACAUCCGCAAGCGUCUUGAAACUGAACCAGACUUGUUAGGGAGAGUCAUCACCGGUGAUGCAUCAUGGAUCUUCGAGUACAACCCAGAGAACAAAUGCCAGAGCCUUCAGUGGAAGAGCCUGAAUUCGCCAAGGCCAAAAAAAAGCAAGACAGUCCAAAGUCAAAGUCAUGUUGAUCACAUUCUUCGAUGUGAGGGGCAUCGUCCACUGUGA